UGUGUGGAUGGACUUACUCAACACUCUACGGUCCACAUUUGCUUGUCCCAAAGAAAAAAGAGAAAAAAAAAAGAGUAUCCUGACUCAAGAGUGGAGCAAAUGGAGCUGAAGUAGUAGAAUUCAGCAUUUUCUUCCUCUUCUUCUCUAAGCUGCAUCACUGAUCUUCAUUUGAUGAGCCAACUGGGAGAAGCAGAGUAUACUCAUUCGAGGAAGGCAUUCCGAGUCCUGACAAACCAAAAAGGAACGGUUUUUUUUUUCCUUCGAGUCUAUCCUUCAUUCUACUAAAAUGGCGGAGUCCAUCGUCCAAUCAGCUGCCCAGACUAUUGGGAAUCUACUGGUUGAAGAAGCAAAAUACUUGUAUGCAGUGAGUGAUCAGAUCAAGAGGCUUGAAGAAGAACUUGAAUGGAUGCAACUUUUCUUGAAGGAUGCGGCUGGAAGACAGCAUGAUGAUGCAGUGGUUCGCAAGUGGGUUUCUAAAAUCAAAGAAUUUGCUUAUGAAGCUGAGGAUAUCAUUGAGAAGUACAUCCUCAGAGUCUCCUUGAGAAGGCAAGAUGGCUUUUGGAACAUGCUCAAAUGGUUCUCUUGCAUCUUCAGGGAUGCUGCAGCUCUCCAUGAAGUUGGCUCCGAUGUCGAUGAUUUAACGCAAAAGAUCUCCUUCCUGACAUCCAGGAUGACGACGUACGGUGUGAACAUUGGAGCCGGAGUGAGCAGCUCAUCAUCCUAUGCUAAGCGAAUGGAGCUCAGGCGAACUUUCUCCCAUAUUGUUGAGGAAGAUGACACUGUUGGGCUGGAGAGUGACNCAAAAACAUUGGUGGACCGGCUAGUGAAUCAAGAAUGCAAGAUUGUUGCCGUCUCGGGGAUGGGUGGUUUGGGUAAAACCACCCUUGCAAAGAAGGUCUACCAUCACCCUACGAUCAGGCGACACUUCCAUGCUUUCUCCUGGGUUCAUGUGUCUCAACAGUUUCAAACCAAGAAUGUUUUGAAAGAAAUUCUACUUGACCUUACACCAAAAACCGAAAGUGGUGAGGGUCAAAGGAAUCGGAUCAAGGGACUAAGUGAGUCAGAGCUUCCUGGCGAGGUCUACAAAGUGCUAAAAGAGGAGCCUUAUUUGGUAGUUCUUGAUGAUGUUUGGACCCAAGAAGAUUGGAAGAGGCUGCAACCUGCUUUUCCGAUAAAUGAUUGUAGCAGCAAAUUGUUGAUGACAACACGUAAUAAAGACAUAUUGCGAGACGUGGACAUUCCAGGGAUAUUCCUGCAUGAACCCAAGGAAUUAGACAUUGACCAGAGUUGGGAUCUUUUGAAGAAGAAAGCAGCUGACAAAAUAGGUGGUCCAACAACAACCACAGAUCCAAAAAUAGAGGAGUGGGGAAGGAAAAUGUUAGAACACUGCCGCGGUCUUCCGUUGGCUAUUGUUGUGCUCGGAGGAGUUUUGGCGACAAAGAAGACACCAGGGGAGUGGGAGGCUGUGUACAAUGAUAUCUGUUCAUCUUUGGACAGGGGCAAGUACUGCAACCAACCAUAUAAGGAGGUGUAUGAUGUAUUGGCAUUGAGCUAUGACGAUUUGCCAUAUCAUCUAAAGCCUUGCUUCCUUCAUUUGGGAAACUUCCCAGAAGACUAUGAAAUACCCACAGAGAAGCUAUAUCAUAUGUGGAUCGCUGAAGGUCUUGUGACACAGAGUGACGUUUCAGGACCGGGGUCUUUGGAGGAUGCUGCGGAGCGCUAUUUGAAUAACCUGGUCCAGAGAAGCAUGGUUCAGCUGGGUAAAAAGAGUACAAGAGGAAGAAUAAAAACAUGUCAUCUCCAUGACCUUGCACGAGACAUGUGCCUGGAGAGAGUAAAAGAAGAAAACUUUCUUCAGAUAAUUGGUCAUAAUGCCUCUGCCACUGAGGAAUUGAGUGCGUCCCCUCCCAUAAUACAAAGUAGAUCCCGUCGACUAGCUGUUUAUUUGGGUCAAAAUGUGCGUGGCCAUCUUGGCGAGUCUACAUCUGAAGCGGAUCCACACCUGAGAAGCCUCUUGCUCUUCCAUGUAGGUGAGUUCCAGGAAGAAUGUCGGAAGUGGGUAAGAGCCAUAUGCAAUGACCUGCAGUUGCUUCGUGUCUUGGAUCUCGAAGGACUUCGCAUCAAGGGGAGUUUUCCUAAAGUAGUGAAAAAGUUAAUCCACUUGAGAUACCUGAGCUUGAAGGAUGCUUCCAUCACUAAACUACCAUCAUCCAUUGGCGAGCUAAGGUAUCUACUGACCCUUGAUCUACGAGUUCAGGAUGAAAUUUUGAUACCCAAUGUGUUGUGGAAGUUGAGACGAUUGAGACAUCUAUAUCUUCCAAGAAAGUAUAAAACUGGAAAAAAGGAUGGAAAAUUCCAGCUUCACACACUAAGUUACUUGAUGACACUAGAGAACGUAAACAUGGAUACAUUGAGAGAGCAGGACCUAUUGGAAUUGAGUAACAUCAGGAGGCUUUCAGUCGUGAAUGGAUUACACAGCAAGGAAAGCUUGGAGUCAAUCCUCCAAUCCAAAAGCAUGAAAUCAGGACGUCUUCGAAGCAUGGACCUUACAUUUGACGAUUCCAACAUACCAAAUGAGGUGCCAAAUAUCCUGUCAAGCUGCCAAAAUCUUCACAGACUGGAAUUCCGUUACAGGCACAAUAGAUUCUGGCACCCCGGAUAUCCAAUAACUUCGAUAAACCUGUCCUCCGAAAUGCUACCUGAGAGUUUGACAUCCUUAGUGUUCUAUUUUGGUGAACUUUUACAUGACCCAAUGCCAAUCGUAGGGAAGCUUCCUCGCCUACGAUUCUUCGCUUUGCACGUAUGCUUUCGUGGGUCGAAGAUGGUCUGUUCAGGUGAAGAUUUCCCUCAGCUCGCUCACUUAAUACUUGAUGGCUUGUUCGACCUAAGGGAGUGGGUGGUGGAGAAGGGAGCCUUCCCUAAUCUUGCCAAGAUUGAGAUAUGGAAUUGUCCCAUUCAAAGGUUCCCAGAUGUUCUGCCCAUAACACUUGAGAUUGCCACCAAUAGAAAGAUACCGGGAAUCAAGAGGUAUAAGCUUGAGCCUGGUUUGAUUGAUGAUGAGUGGGAUGACACAGCAAGUUAGUACCAAUCUCCCAUAAUCCCAUCCACAUCAUCCACUAGAAAGCCACAGGAAAAAUAUUUCUUCUCCUGUUUUCCAAUUGGGUUUAUCUGUCUGCCUGUUGUGAUUUUGGAUUUUGGAUUGAUAUUUAUUUAUUUGUGUGGUGGUGGAACUUCGUCAAGUAGCUGAAUGUGGGAUGUACUAUUAAUAAAAUUGUGAGAGAACUGCCCAAUAAGCUUAGCUUCUAUUCUAUUACACUGAUAAAAUAAUAGAAAAGGAAGAAUUUCCCUCCUUCCCUUUGAUGCA